CGGCGGACGACCCCCGCUGCCUCGCCGCCUCGCCGCAAGCGUUCGACACUUACGAAUUGCGAUCGACUAAUCUCCAUAACUUUACCUUCCGAUUAUUCUCCUGUUGUUAUUACCUUACCCUAUUUCAAUUUUUAUCAACCCCCAAAAAUCCGACUUCUCUUUGCCGCCAUAGCCGCCGGCAACUUCACUGUUAGAGUUUCUGGAGAAUGAGAAAAACUGGUGAAUUAUUAUUCCACCAGGUUCAAAUAAUUUACUGAUAAUACCUGAGUAGUGAUUAGGAAUGGGGAUUAUCGAAGAUGGUUCGGUUUCGGGUGUUCUCCCGAGUAGCAGCGAAGCUUUUGCAGUUCUCUACCCUGGUUAUCCUACUUCAAUUGGACGUGCAAUCGAAACUCUCGGUGGCGAUCAAGGAAUUGCCAAGGCUCGUACUGAUAAGUCAAACAGGCUGGAGCUACAUUUUCGUCCUGAAGAUCCAUAUUCACACCCACUCUUUGGGAAACUCAAGUCCUGCAAUAAUUUUCUGUUGAAAAUCUCCAAAACGAAAGUCAAGGACACACACGAUAUUAAGGAACUCAACUCCCUUUCUGAACACGCAUCAGAAGAUUCACUUCGUCUUAGCAAUAAUAGUUUAAUUCCUGAAUCAACAGAAAGUACAGCACACAUUGCGCAACCUGAAUGUGACUUUUCGGAUCCUUCAGAUAAAGCACAGAUAAAAAAUGGAGCUCAAGAGCAGCUUUCUGCCGAUAUUGUUGCAAGAGUCUCUGAGGCAUACCAUUUCAAAGGCAUGGUGGAUUACCAGCAUGUGCUUGCUAUUCAUGCUGACAGAACUCGAAGAAAGAAAAGAAAUUGGGCUGAAGUAGAACCACAAUUUGAGAAAGGUGGUCUAGUGGAUAUUGAUCAGGAGGAUUUAAUGAUUUUAGUGCCACCACUUUUUUCACUGAAGGAUAUUCCAGACACGAUAGUUUUAAAAUCGUCCGGAGAGAUGAGUUUGAAAAAGAAACAAAAGGGAGAUGUCCAACCGCGCGAGGAGAUGGAGAUAGAGCCAUGUCUUGCCAUUGACUUCAACAUCAAAGAGAUCCCUAAGAGAGUAAAUUGGGAGAAAUCCGUAACCAGGAACUCAGAUCGAUGGCAUGGGCUGAUGGCUGUGUGUGAAUUGUUUGAUGAACGUCCAGUUUGGGUAAAAAAGUCACUAGCUGAACAGUUACAUGACCGCGGUUUAAAUGUUGAAAAUAAAAUGCUCAAAAGGUUCCUUGUAGUAGUAGCAUAUUAUUUCUCAAACGGGCCAUAUCUCAGAUUCUGGAUCAGAAAAGGAUACGAUCCCCGCAAAGAUCCCGAAUCCCGUAUAUACCAGAGGACUGAUUUUCGAGUACCACCAUCAUUAAGAAGCUACUGUUACAGCGAUGCUGUAUCUGGAUCGAAGAGCAGGUGGGAGGAUAUUUGUGCAUUUCGGGUUUUUCCUCGUAAAUGCCAAAUUUCGCUGCAACUCUUUGAACUUAAGGAUGACUAUAUUCAACAAGAAAUCAGAAAACCUGCAAGUGAAGGAAACUGCAGUCUGCAAACAGGUUGGUUUUCAUCACAAGUGAUUGAUUGCUUGAGGCUGCGUGUUGCUCAGAGAUUUCUGUCAGCAUAUCCUGAAACUGGUGCGGAGUUAUUUCUAAAGUCCGCUUCUAAUCGCUUUGAGAAGUCAAAGAGAGCGCAUCUUAAUGUGAAGAAUUUGAAAGUUGAUGCGGAGAACAAACCAGCCGACAAAGAAGUUUUAGAAAGUGAAGAUAAAGAAGCCAAUGAUGAAGAAAAAGAAACCAACGAUGAAGAUAAAGAAGCCAAUGAUGAAAUUGAAUACGAGGAGGAAGAUGAAGAAGAUGAAAUGGAUGAUGACAAUCUUGACAUGGAUGCGGAUGAAGCUUUUGAUCUGGUUGAUCAGGACUGGGAUUUCCCUCCACCAAAUUCAUAUACAAACCACGAGAGCAUCUCGAAGGGCUACCUUCAGGAGCUUUUCGGCAGUUUCCCCUUUGGCGGCGGUGGUGGUGGUGAAGUGCAAGAUGUCGACCCUGACGAUGGAGAAUUUCAAAUUUACGAACCAAAUAGCGACGACAACUACUCUGACGAUGAGGAUUAUUAGAAUAUUAUCAACAGGUAAUUGCUUCUUAACCAUCUGUUUUACUUUAUCCUUUUUGCACUAGGUUACUUAAACUAGAUAGGAAUUGCAUGAAAUAAAUUAUUUUAUCCAAAUUAUUUAUUAGUCAUUUAUUAAAGGAGAAAUCAUUUAUUAUAUGGUAUUUACUUAUCUGACCCUGGACCAAAAUUAGUUAAUGGGCUGGACCACUGUUGGGUUUA